CACAUUCGGAACCCUCGGUUUUCAUUGUCUAAAGUCCAGUCUGAUUACUUCAUCCGGUAACGAACAUUUGCAGACAGACACAUUUUCUUGGUUUGAAAUUGAAUCGCUUGUAAUCGUAAACCAUGUCGGGCAGAGGUCGUGGUAGGAAACGCCGGGCGCAGGAGGCAUUACCACCCAUCGAUGGACCCACAGAUUCGGGGGAAUCGGAUGACACGGUUCAGGGCUCUGGCGCCAGAAGCAGCAGACAUACCGGACAACGUUCCCAGUUUUCUUUGGGAUAUCUUCACCAAAGAGCAGCAGUACUUACAGUGGCAGGCACUUCCGUGAACACUCAGGCAACAUACAUCACUAGUUUAAAGGCUUUUGAUCAGUUCAGAACAACAUAUAAUUUCCCCUUGAUCUGGCCAGUAACAGACAAGGUCGUCAUUUUGUUCAUUACCUUUUGCUUUGAAUCCGGUCUUGCACCUAGCACGAUAAGUACAUAUAUUGCUGGCGUAAACUACUUACAAAAAAUAAAAGGCGGCCAGUGCCUAUUCGAUAUGUUUAUUGUUAAGAAAACGCUGGAGGGCUGUCAUAGGUCCAGAAAUAAAGUCCCCGACCCAAGGGAUCCCAUUACAAGGCCUAUCUUAAAGGCUAUUUGCCAAGCAGCCCCCAACGCAUGUUAUAACAUUUAUGAGUCAACUCUGUUUCAAGCUCUGUUCAGCGUGGCAUACUUUGGGUUAUUCCGAGUGAGCGAAUUAGUGGCGACUAACCCAUUGUCACCAAACUCUGGAAUACAGUAUCCAGCAAUAAAGGUCGACACAAGUGCCCGGAAGCUUAUUAUCACCCUUAAUGUUUUUAAAACUAAUCAACAUGGCUUGCCCAUACAGGUCAAAAUUCCAUGUGAACCUUCCCCACCUUGCCCGCUAGAAGCAAUUCAACGUUUUUUGGCACGUCGCCCUGCAGUGUCGGGUCCUUUCUUUUGUCAUGCAGAUGGAAAACCUGUGACAAGGUACCAAUUCAAUGCUGUACUUCAGAAGUGCCUUUACUUAACAGAGUUUUCCAGCUCACAUUUCAGAACACAUAGUUUCCGCAUUGGCAGGGCAACAGACUUAGCAACACAGGGUGUCACAACAGAGGCCAUUAUGGAAUUGGGCCGCUGGAAGUCUACUGCCUACAAAUCUUACAUCCGUUAGAAAAUAACACACCCAUAUAUUCGUUUGUGACAAUUUGUGUACCAUUAUGGUUUAUUCCUUUUAGAUGUGUGGGUAAUAGGCGAUUCCAUUCCAUACUGGGCCUCCCAACUCUAUUUGACGGGAAAUGUACCAAGGCUCCAACAGCAAGUUGCUUGGCAUUGUUACAGGGGAGCAGGCUGGGGGGAUUUGCGCAAGGAAAUUGAAAUGGCAGUGUUAUUUAACAACGCCCCUAAGGUUGCUGUCAUCCAUCUGGGUGGAAAUGACAUCAAGGUUCCCCUUAAGGACCUCUUUGACAUCAUGCGUGCUGAAAUCCGCUACCUCCGGGAUGCCUGGCCUGAGACGAUCCUCAUAUGGACCGACAUCCUGAACCGGGGUAGCUGGGAUCUACAGGACAUGCGCAAGAUGAGGGGAGUCAAUCGCUUCGGUCGUGUGGAGGUGUCGUCCACAGGCAAGUCGGACUACUGGCGGCCGGACAUCUCCGCCGACGAGCAGGGUUUUUUCCGCCCGGAUGGUGUGCACCUAAAUACUCUGGGGCUCCAUUUUUAUCUUGAUGGUCUCAUUGAAGUUGUAAAGAGAAAUCUGUUGCAAGGAAUGUAAAUUUCUGGGGAAAUUGCUUUCACCAAUUUUGUGGCGGAAAAUUUACAUUGGCCGAGAGUCAGUCGGGCUGGGUACAGUAAUAUACUUUCACUGAGCUGUUAAUGUAUACUAGUACUCACAUUGGGACCUGUGCACCCUCUUACAAUCGGUCGUUUAUCACGGUGGUUUGAGGGAACCACAGUUGGGCAAAAAACAUCAAGGGUUUCACUAUAGGCUUCAUUUUUCAUUGGGCUUGUCUCACCGGCUCCUCUGUGUCGCCAAUCAACAGGGAGUUACGGUUAGGCAGUUGGGCAGAAAAUAAUAAACUAUAAUGUAAUUAUAUAUAUAAUUCUGUGGGUUAUAUUGCAUAUGAGUCGGUGUUAAUGCACGACACAUGUUGUGUCUCAACUUUGCUUCACUGACUGUUGUCCGUCACCCCAAUUGCGUGGGGCGAGUUGCAUUGCGUCGUUCUGGUGGCCCGGGACUCGCCCACAGUACUUGGCGACCCGGAUUUUGCGUGUUGCAUUGCGUGUUGCGUUGCGUUUUCUUGGGUUGUUGCGUUACCCACUAUUAACAGUUGCUAGCCAAAUUGAUAUAUAUGCAUUUUAUUAAGAGGGAACUCUUGUUGCUCAGCCCGGCUUACUCUCGGCCAUGGAGACCUCCCGACCUCUGACUAUAGUCGAGUCCUUAAGACAUAAUCAUAUAGUCAGUAACGUAACACGGCCUUUUCAUCCCACAUAUUACACACUAUUAACAUGUUCUUUAAUCUUUGUAUGUUGUUGUUGUUGUACCAGCUUUGGAUGGCCAAAACAAAUGAAUAAACUCGUGUAAAGGUU